UAUUUAUAAUAUUUUUCCCACAGUUUACUCGAUUAAAAAAGCUAACGAAAUUUAUAUUGAAAAUAUUGUUUAACUAAUAUUCUCUGUUUUAAAGAGGUGCCACAAAAGCAUGCGCUUCGUGAACUAAAGUAUGUGUGUUUUGGGGGAAGCAGUGGUACGUGCCACUGAAGUGAAAACUCACUUCCGGACCGGAUUUGGGGGAGAUGACGGGAUUGUAAUUUCAUGGAACACCCAUAGUCAUACGUGCCGACUUUCAAACGCAGAUAGAGUCGAGCCAUGAGCGCCGAGGAGCGGAACCCAGCCGCCACACCCACUGCUUGUAAGGACAGCCAAGGAGAUGGACGAUGGAUGUCUCUGCACAACCGUUUUCUUUCCGACAGCAAAGGCAAAGAACCCGAUGUCCUCUUUGUUGGAGAUUUUCUUGUUCAGCUCAUGCAUCAGUUUAGCGUAUGGCGUGAAUUGUUCUCUCCGCUCCACGCUCUGAAUUUUGGCGUGGGUAGUGAUGCGACACAGAAUGUGAUCUGGAGACUGAGCAACGGUGAACUAGACCACAUUAGCCCAAAGAUCGUCGUGCUCUGGGUCGGGACCCAAAAUCACGGCCACACCGCUGAGCAGAUCUGUGGAGGCAUCAUGGAAAUUGUUCAAGUCGUCAAGAACAAGCUGCCGCACGCUCAAACGCUCGUACUUGGACUACUACCUCGAGGUAAAUCUCCAAACCCUCUGAGGGAGCGCAACGCCAAGGUGAAUAGACUGGUGCGGGAAACUGUCGCCUCCCUCCCUCAUGCCUCCUUCCUGGAUGUAGACCCUGGUUUUGUCCACUCCAAUGGCAGCAUCUCCCACCAGGACAUGUACGAUUAUCUUCACCUGACCCCCCAGGCCUACCAGGCAGUCUGCGAGCCCCUGCAUGCUCACCUCAAGUCCAUGCUGGACAGGUCUGCUGACAACUAAGCAAUCAAGAAUGACGAAUAAAUAGAAUUGUUUACUACACGUCCGUGGGGGGGACAGGGUUGGCAUCCAUGACUUGUUCUUACAAGUUACAGGACCAAAACAUGUUUUAAUGAGUAAUACAUGUGCUUCAAUCCCUAUCAGCAUCUAUUAAAGCUUUCUGCUAUUGUCCUCCUAUAACAAGGGGCACAUUUUGAAGGAUUGCGAUGUUCCAGUUACAUUAUUACACCAUUGUCAAAUAUUAUGCUAUACACAAUGUUGCUUUUGUUAAACCUGGCUGAUUGGAACACUUUGAUACUUGAAUUCACCGCUUCUAUGCAGUGUAAGCUGAAGUGUACAAAUGAGAGAAUGCAUUAAAGAGAGACAACUGCAUGAUUUUGGUGUGUUUUGUUUUAUAAUUCGACUCCCGGUAGCAUUUUAUGUUGAUACACGUCCAGUAAAAUGUUACCAUUUACCAGCAAAGUAAUUGAAUGUACUCAUAACUAUGACGUAAUGGCCAAACGUUGAGGUUUUAUUGAUUAAGAAAUAAAUACAAAUCAAAUCACAAUAAACAAUCCUACAUUUCUAUUACAAUAAAAAAUUAAUCUCACAAGUGCAAGUAGUAAGAGUUUCUUGUUUUCAAUUGCCAAAACUAUAUUUUCAUAAUUUUUUGUAGCCUAUCCCACAACGAUCCAUCUAAAUGAUCAUUAACAUCAGAGCCCGAAGAAAAGAUCUGGCAACAAUCCGCCUGUGCUUUUUAUACAGAAACAGAAUUCCCAUACCAGUGGUGGUUCUAAGUAUAGUCCUCAUGGGCAAUUAAUUACCCAGGGCUGCAUUCACCAGGGGCAGGGGAGAAAAAAAAAUAUUAAUGCUCAGUGCAUUAAGCCAGCACAUACUGUAUGUGUGGUAGAUGGGCGCCCUCUACAGGUGUGAUACGGCCCUACAUGGGAUCAAACAUCCACCAAGUGAUGUGGAUGAAACCAAAGAAGUAUAGAGAGGGGGGGCGGGUGCAGCUGGACCUCUGCCCUUAGGGUAAUGAAAGGGUAAAAAAUAUAAAUUAGCACAGACAAUGUGAAAUAAAAGUGCUGUUAAUUUGUGUCAACAAACAUGAAAAAAAAGUCAACCUCAGAGUUAUUAGGUACACAAUUCAGAAAGAAGAGAAAGUGGAAGCUGACCUUUGACCUGUGUCCCUCACAUCCCCAGGUUCUCUUACGUUCUCUUCCGAUACUACCUCCGAAGGUGGAACAUCUCACUGACCUUGUCCCACUAUUUGGUGUUGGUGCCUUUCAUACAAACGUUUUUUUUUUUUUUUUUUAAAAAGGCUAUAGUGUUCCAGUGCAGUCAUAGCAAUAAUCACAACAUAUUUUGUGAGAAAAAUAAUUAACACUGUGUGUCAUCAUUGCAGUGUUAAAAUGCUAACUAAGAAUUAGCUGGUGACUACAAAUUAAACAUGGCGAAACUCUAAAAUGGAAGGCUUGAUGCUUCUAAUGAAAUACAGUAAUCCCUUGUUCAUCAUGGUUAAAUGGUUCCAGAUCUGACUGGAAAUGAGUUGGGGGCAGACAGGAAGUGACGUUGGGGAUUCAGAGUUGAGUUUUAGCUUGGCAUGGGUUACGGCAGAAACGCUGUCCUAUGUUUUUAUUUGGGAUUUUAAUUAGGGAUUAGUGUGAUAAUUCAAUAGAUAAUUCAAACCUGCAAUAAAGGCUGUUGUUCUGCUUAUCAAGUCUGGUGCUUGUGUGUCUCACUGAACAUUUCAGUAACAUUUUUGACACCAAGAGACCAGUGUAGAAUACUACACAUCAUCCCAUCUUGGAAUUAGUUUGUGUUAGUUUUGCCUUAUAUUCAUUAAUUCAUUUUCUACCGCUUAUCAUCACAAGGGUUGCGGUGGUGCUGGAGCCUAUCCCAGCUGUCUUCAGGCGAGAGGCGGGGUACACCCCUGGACUGGUCGCCAGCCAAUCACAGUGCACAUAUAGACGCAUGCACGGGGAGAACAUGCAAACUCCACACAGAGAUGGCAGAGGGUGGAAUCGAACUCGGGUCUCCUAGCUGUGUGGCCUGAGCGCUAACCACUCAACUACCGUGCAGCCCUGUUUUGCCUCAUAUAUGUAUUUUAAUUCAUUUUUAAUUUGAGCAACUGAUACUUAAAGUUUGCUUAAAUAUGCCUAUUUUUGACUCAAUUAAUUCAACCACAAAACAGCAUAAUUUAUUCAUUAAUAUAUAUUUUUUUAUAAAACUGUGAUAGAACAAGCGCAAAGUGGCGAGGGAUUACUGUAAAGUAGAUUUAUGUUGUAAGCGAGACUAACAUUAUCAACUGUUAUAUUAAUAUCGAAGUUAACAACUGUAUAAUAAAACUAAAAUAAAGCAAAAAUACUCAGCCAUUGAUGAUACCUGAUAAAGAACAGAGAAGGAAUAGGUGUCCUCUGGUAGUGUCCUAUAGGUAUUGAAUUAAUAAGUGUUGUACAGUGAGUUCUGAUUGAUAACAUGAAUUUGUGUAGUUGAUAUUUCAUGAAAAUUGUAUUGCACAUAUUAGUAUCGGGCAGCCAACUUUUCCUAUUUCCAUCAUCACAUUGCAUGGUUUUCCUCCAUUUUCCAUAACAACUUUCCCAUCUUGUUUUAGUACAAAGUUCAAAACUAUUUCAGGUAAUCUGGGUUUUGGCUUGGAAGCAUUCACUGGAAAAGGACUGGGGCUGAUAGGAUAAAAACACCCAUGAUCAUAAGGCCUUUUUGGGAUAGGGAAGGAAUGGCAUUGGCGGAACCUAAAAGGUAAAUAAGAGAAGAAAAAUUGGACAUGUUCUUAAGGGAGUUAGUCAUUAUUAAGUCAUACAUACUCACCAGUGAGGCUAAAGGUUUUGGUCUUUGACAUAGUGAUGUUAGUCACAGGGUUUGUGGCCUUGCAUGUAUAGUUAGCCUCGAUUAGCAGCGAUACCGAGAUCUGGAUGAUGCUGCCGACACCGAUGGCCGAUGACGGUAGAUCAUUUAAGAACCACUGGAACUCUGGUUCUGGAUACGAAUCGGCCACACACUUCAUGGAGAAAGUGAGUUCUUCUCGGUUGAAUUCUGGACCCGAGAUUUCCACGCUGAGGGGACCGUCUGAAAGCAGACGGAGUGAAUUGUUGUAAUUAAAUAAAAUACUGCAGUACUGCGGCGCAUAAUAUUGCCGUACUAACAGUGGUUACUCAGUUUGUAAAUGUAUUCUUAGUCAUCAGCUUUUUGUAUUUGGUGAAAUUCCUUCAGUACUCACAGUUCACCAGAAGCUCGUACGCAGGGCUUUGGUGAGGACCAAUCAGGUUUCUGGCGACACACUUGUAAGUGCCGUUGUUGUGGAGCAUCAGCGGUGUGAAGUGCAGCUUGUUUUUCUCCAUGUAGUAGUAAGAGUAGUUGGUGGUGGACAUGUUCAUUCCAAGGAGCACGUCGUCCUUUUUCCACUGUAUCGAGUCAUAAGGUGCAUCCACCUCGCAGGUGAGGGUGAAGUUGUUGCCGUCAAUGGGGAUGGAGUCGUUUGUCACCAUCACCGAGCUAA